ACUCAAUGGUAAUCUCUCUAAUCUCAUCUUUACUGGUUUAAAUGAUUUCACUUUAAUUGAAUUUGAAUAUAAUACAACAACAAAUCACUUCAGCUAUGAUGCUAUUUUUACAAACAUGCAGCUCCUUGGAGAAUAUUUUAUAGACGCUUUGAUUGAACUUGGUGCAAUACCAUUAAACUUGAAAGGAAGUGGAGUACUUAACUGGAACUUUUUGAAUUUACGUGUAAUUGGCAGCUUCGAUUUGGUGUCCAGUCAAAUAAUACAAAAUGGUGUUGGUAUAGCAAACACAAAAUAUAAUUUUUUGUUUGGUGAUAUAAUUAAUGAAAGCUGGAAUGAUUUAUGGGAUAUACCUGUGAAUAACUUCAAUAACUAUUGGUCUAGUGAAACUCUAAAAAUGCUCUCUCAAGAGUUGCAGCCGCUUGUAAAUAAAUACUAUGGUGAUGUUGUUACACCCACUAUGAAUCGUUUGUUAGCCGGUUUCACUAUGGAGGAAUUAUUAGCAUUCUUAGUUAAUGGUACUAUGGAAUUAAAUGCUGUUAGCUGUACUUCAACCUAAUAAAUUUUUAAAUUUUUAUAUUAAUUUGUCU